AUGACUCAGGCUUGGAUUGGGAGGAGUGGUACCGCUACCCAUUGCACCGCUCAGGUUCAGCGACUUCCACAAGGAGGUACUGGCCACCUCUUCAUCCCAUAUAUACAUCUUCUUAUGAGCCUUACCGUGCUGAACUCCGAUGCGCCUUCCCCGCGAAUCACCGACCAAACUGGCCUGAUGCCACCAGCUCCACCUGAUCCCCACAUCAAGUACCUGUGGAAUGAAAGUGUGGACGUGAGCGAGAUGGGCGGGAUAGAGCAGAACGAAGUGCUGCAAUUGCGUAUGAUGCUCGGCAUCGAGCGGAUUUCCACGGAGACGCUGUCUCGUUACAAUGUCAGGGCACAUAUGGAUGGUUACGACCAGCCUGCUAUCCUUUACCCCAGAUAUCGCGGUCUAGCCUCGCGAAUUCGUAUCCCAGCCGGCCUGAAGGUUAUACGUAAAGUUGGCGAACGCUUGGAAAAGGAGAACUACCCCAUCAUGGAUGACCCUGUGCUCAAAGCGCGUUUCUUUGGCAUGUUCGGCUACCAUAUGACGACAGUAUCCGACCGCGCUGUCAUACUGACCACUAAUGAGCGGGAUGCUCUCGCUAUGUAUGAAGCAACGGAUGGUGCUUUGGCUUAUGCCCUCCCUCAUGGAGAGCAUAUAGAUCCAGCCGUUUUUCCAUACUUGGAAGACUUCGAGCAAAUUUUCCUCUGGUUUCCUCCACGCCAUCUUGAUUACGCCAAAGAAUGGGGCUAUGCACUGAAUGGUGCCAGAUGCUACUUGAUUAGAAGCCCUGAAAGACCUAUUGAGCUAGUGCGCAAUGGCAAGUUCAAGGAAGUUAAGCAUAUCCUUGGCAGAGAAUCGGUGCGUCUACGAGAAAGAGGAUUUCGUUCUAUGACCGAUAUCCGUGAGGAACUAAAGGCGGAUUUGAUCAAUUCCAGCACUCGCCAACUUGGCUUAGCACAGUGGAAACGAUUCGCUCCCCUCAACAAAUAUUUGCUGGGUCUUCGUCCAGGGGAGCUAACUGUGCUCACUGGUGGUACAGGCUUUGGAAAAACCACAUUCCUAUGCGAAUAUGCUCUGGACCUCUUCACCCAAGGGGUGCGAACAUUAUUUUGUAGUUUUGAGAUGCCAGAGGAGAAAAUUCUAAAAUGGAUGCUUGUACAGUAUGCAGGAGUACCCCUGUAUCGUGUAGAGUACAGCAGUGCAAUUGAUACGUGGCUGGAUAAGUUUGAACGGACCAAGGGGCCUUUAACCAUUAUGAAGACGACAGAGUUCCGAGAGAGGAGCAUCAAUCAAAUUGCGGCGGCCAUUCGUAACCAGGUCAUCAACAGCGGCUGCCAACACGUUGUUAUAGAUAACUUACAAUUUUUGGUGAACCAGUCUACUAUGAGUGACGACCAAUCUAGCAGUCUAGAGCGUUUUCAUAUGCAGGAUCGUUUUGUCGGACAUAUGAGAGCGCUGGCCACACAGUAUGGAGUUCAUGUCACAAUGGUCGUUCAUCCCCGAAAAACUGACACCGACACCGAUCUUGACAUCCAACACUUCGGUGGUUCGGCGCGUGUCACGCAAGAAGCAGAUAAUGUUCUUGCAAUACAAAGAAGGCGCGACGAUCGUGACCGCAGCAAGUUCAGAAAAUUCCUAUAUAUUCUCAAAAACCGCUAUGGAGGGCAUAAAGUGGAGACGGACCAACUGGAGAUGCUUUUCCAACCUGGCACGUACUCACACACUAUUGUUGAUCACUCUCUAAAGCUUUGACUAUGUUGAAGACAUGUCAUCCUCAUCUGAUAGAGUACAUAACCCUGCUAUAAUGAAUGAAAUUUGACGAUACGACUUCGCGAUAAAAAGUUGCAUUUUGCGGUUAUAGAAUUGCUCGUCUUAAAUGUCGGUUGCGUCCAUAGUGUAUUCGCAUUCCUAUUAUUUGGCUGUUGUGAUCACUCUUUCUUACGCAUGACGUAUUGUGUAAGCUUUAUCGUGUUGUAUUUGGCACUUCUUGAGGGAAUCAUCAAAACUGCCAUUAGUUGGAUGCUACAUAAUUUUUAUAUUCGCGCAUUUAUCCACUGAC